AAAAGCCCCACACAAAGAAAAGGAGCUUCCUUUUCUUGCACAUCUCGAUUAAACCCAUUGUUAGGCCUGGACAUUGAAAUGGACCCAUGACCAUGAGCCUAGUGAGAAAGAGAGCGUCUCUCAAAUAACGGUUAGAAGAGGGAGCCUUUCUUGCUGGGUUUCUUUUUUACUCGCAGAGCGAGAGAGGCUAAAGCUGUGAAACAGAAGAGUGAACGAGGGGAGCAAGAGAGGAGAGCAGGAAACUAGAAAAGAAAAAAAAAGUUAGGGUGAUUUUGGAAAUGGGUGAAUCCGCUUGUCUUGUAAGAUCAUUUUCUAAUCCUGUAGAUAUGUCUAAUGAAGCUAAAGAGGGUGACCCAAUUCAAGCCCUCACAGAAUCAGUGUCUUUCGGCAGAUUUAUGUCAGAAUCGCUGGCUUGGGAGAAAUGGUCAACCUUCUCUCACAAUAGAUACUUGGAAGAAGUCGAAAAGUUUUCAAAGCCAGGAUCCGUUGCUCAGAAGAAAGCUUAUUUUGAGGCUCAUUACAAGAGAAGAGCUGCAAUGAGAGCAGCAGCCUUGCUUGAGCAAGCAAAUACUGUUACCAAUGAUGCCUCUCAAAUGGGAACUAUAAAUGCAACUCCUGUUGACUUUUCCUUGACUACGGAUUCAGCCAAUUCGAACACAUCUUUGGCUGUAAAUCAACGGGAGAAAGAUGUUUCUGAUGCUGAGGUAGCUAGUACUGCUGAUGUAGGUGCAGGCAAUUUAAAUGUUGAAAGAGAAAAUAUGGAUGUCUCUAAUCUGGAGAGAGGUCAGGCAGUAAUGGAACAAGGUGUGAAUAUGGAGAACAAUACCCAGGUUGAAAAUUCUAAGGCUCUUGAAAAUGUUGACAACCAUGGCAUGAUUAUAGCAACCUUAUACAAACAGAUUCCUCAUACGGAAUGUACUGAUCAGAAGAACUCGACUCCGUCAAGCAAGAAAAGGGGAACAAAUUCUUUGUCAAAGUCAUCAACUACCAGCAGAGCACCCAAACUUCCCUUACAUCCUUCUAAACAAGUGGCUUCAGAACAAGCCAGGAGUGUUGCUAGUGUUGCUAAGUCCACAGUAAACACAAAUGUCAAAAAGAAAACAAUUCCAAAUUCGCUCCACAUGUCAAUUAAUUUUGCUUCUGGUGCCAGCAAAACUAGUAAACCAUUGCUUAGAAUGCCAAAAGAUAGUUCAACUCCUCUACGAACCCCAACGAGGGCAUUGAAGAAAGCUGGUGACCAAGAGAAUUUAGCUCCAUCAAGUGAAAAAAGGACAAUCAAACUCCACAUCGAAGUUAUCCAGUGAUAGUGUGUUAUCCAAACAAGUAAC